AUUUCAGUUCACAAGAUUUAACCGCAAUAAUGAAAGGCUGGAGAGGACUUUUGUCAAAUAUUCGAACUUAGGUAAUUACGAAAAGGCCCUUUGUCGAAUUUUUAACUUUGAAGGGUAAUGUUGAGUAAAUUAGUAAUUACGAACAGUAAAAAAUUGACACAAGAAAAAGGAAAAAGUUGUUGAGAAUGUUUUGAGGUAGAGAGGAGAAGUAGAAAUCGAUAAAGGCGAAGAAGGAAUCGCAAGGAAGGAAGAAACUUGAGAGGAAGAUCAUGAUCCUAGCUGUGUUGUUCGCCAAUUCCGUUGGGAAUGUUUUAAUCGAAAGGUUCAAUGGAGUACCAGCUGAGGAACGGCUCCACUGGCGAUCUUUCUUGGUUAAGUUGGGAGCAGAUAAUCUCAAAGGCGUUAAAAAUGAGGAGCUUCUCGUUGCUUGCCACAAGUCGGUUUAUAUCGUGUACACAAUGCUAGGGGAUGUUAGCAUCUUCCUUGUUGGCAAAGACGAGUAUGAUGAACUUGCUUUGGCAGAAACCAUCUAUAUCAUAACAGCGGCUGUGAAAGACGUAUGUGGAAAGCCGCCUACAGAGCGAGUGUUUUUGGAUAAAUAUGGAAGGAUUUGCUUGUGCCUUGAUGAAAUCGUUUGGAACGGACUUCUGGAGAACACCGACAAAGACAGGAUCAAGCGACUCAUCAGAUUGAAACCUCCUUCUGAAGUUUGAUAUGCUCCAACCAACCACACAUUCUUCUUCUACUCAUUUUAAGAGCUUUCUCAUUCUCCACCGAUUGUUGUUUGUUGAAUCACUUCUCUAUAUCACAUAUUCAACUAUCAACUACUGCUGUUGUUCGAUCAGUCCAUCUUGUAGUGUUGUUUUUUAAAUCUUCAGUUUUUAGUGUUACAUAACAAAGAACAAAUUUCUAUCCAAAGGCUUUUCCCUGCGGUCUAACUUUGGUGAGUUGUUCAAAGACCUCAAAAAUUGAUUCGUG